CUCCUACAAGAUCAAUUUCAUAACUUAACCCUUUGGUUUGUUCAAGUCUACCACGUGUUAUCACGAUGCCAAAAGAAUCAAGAAAUACCACACAAAAUAAGGGCAGGGAUCCUUUUCUAAAGCAUUUGACAUCUGGAGGGUUUGGCAAGCUUAAUCCCCAUCAAAUAGAGUCACUCCAGGCACUAACCAGACACCAUAUUGAAGCAUUUGAUUUUGCUGUUGAUGAAGGAUUAAAAUAUGCUGUAGAGGACUUGAGGUCACGAGAACUUUUAGAUCCACGCGGGCAGAAAGUAGAAAUAUUCAUUGAAAAUGCAGAAAUUGGUUAUCCGACGCUACCAGAAUCCAAUAUACACGUGAAGUCAGUGAAUAUUUAUCCAUCGGAGUGUAGGGAGAGGGGCGUGUCAUAUAAAGCCCCACUAAUGUUAACAGUAACCUUCAUGAUUGAAAAGUCCAUUGUUAAUACAGUAAAUGUACCAAUGGGUCAAGUACCCAUCAUGGUCAAAUCUAAUAGGUGUAGACUGUAUGGCAUGAGUCCAGAGGAAUUGGUAAAGCAUCAUGAAGAAAGUGAAGAAAUGGGUGGGUACUUUAUUAUCAAUGGAAACGAGAAGCUUUUAAGAAUGCUAAUCAUGCCACGUAGGAAUUAUCCUAUAGCUAUCAUUAGACCGUCUUGGAUUGGUAAAGUUCCUUUUUCUACUGAGUAUGGCUGUACCAUGAGGUGUGUCAAGAAAGAUCAGACUCAAUGUAAUAUGACACUUCAUUAUUGCUCCAAUGGCUCCUUGACCCUAGCCUUUAGUAGGAAUAAGGAGCAGUUCUACAUGAGCAUCAUUUACAUACUUAAAGCAUUAAUAUCUGUCAGUGACCUUUUCAUAUUUACUGAAAUGACAAAAGGGAAGGAAGAUGAUGCAUUCUUGAAAGGUUGUGUUGCUGCUAUGCUUCAUGAUUGUCAAACUGAAGUGCUCACUAGAGCUGAUGCCUUGAGGUAUCUUGGAGAUAGAUUUCGUUUCAAGUUUAAUCUUCCUCCCUGGGUCACAGCUGAAGAGAUAUGCCAUGAGUUAAUAAGGAAUCAUAUUUGUGUACAUUUGGAUAAAAAUACCGACAAAUUCAACAUGUUGAUUUUUAUGGCCAGGAAAACAUAUGCACUAGCUAAUGGUCAGUGUAUGGCGGAGACAGCUGAUUCACCAAUGAACCAAGAGAUACUGUUAGGAGGUCACCUUUAUCUCAUGUAUUUAAAGGAAAAGAUGGAGGAUUUUUUGAGGAAAGUUCAAUCUGAGGUUGAAAGGAAGUAUGAGGCAAACCCUGAUGAAUUCUCUGUUACUGACACUAGUGCUUUGAAGCGUAUUCUAGAACCAAAGAAGACAGUGCCUAUAGCAACAAUAAUGGAGACUUUCCUUGCCACUGGAUAUCUUCGUACUAACACUGGGCUCAACCUUCAACAGAUGAGUGGAUUCAGUAUCGUCGCUGACAAGUUGAAUUUCUUUCGUUAUAUUUCUCAUUUUCGUGCCGUCCAUCGUGGAGCAUUCUUUGCCCAGAUGAAGAGCACUGAGGUGAGGAAACUCCUCCCAGAAGCAUGGGGUUUUAUUUGUCCUGUCCAUUCUCCUGAUGGUGCCCCGUGUGGCUUACUCAAUCAUCUUUCCUCCAAAUGUCAGGUUGUUACUACAAUACCAAACGUACGGAAGCUUCCCAAGCUCUUAUCAUCUCUUGGGAUGAUUCCGUUGGUGUCUCCUCUUGAAGUUCCCUCCUCUUCAUCAGCUCUUGAUGUUAUAUUAAAUGGGCGUGUCCUGGGUGUGGUCAAGAGCUCUGAUACUCCAAGAUUCGUUAGACAAUUGAGACACUUAAAAGCAACUAGAACACAAGAGGUUCCAUCAACAUUAGAGAUCGGUUAUGUCCCACUAAGUAAAGGUGGUCAGUUCCCUGGUAUAUUCCUGUUUACUACUCCAUCAAGAAUGAUGAGACCUGUCAUUAACCUUGCUACUAAUACAAUGGAACUCAUUGGCUCUUUUGAACAGGUGUAUAUGGAUAUUGCUGUAUCGGAAAGUGACAUACACCCUAAUGUCACUACUCAUAAAGAAGUAUCUGAUGAUUCUAUCCUCAGUGCUGUUGCCAGUCUCACUCCAUUUACUGAUUUUAAUCCAAGCCCGAGAAAUAUUUAUCAGUGUCAGAUGGCAAAGCAAACUAUGGGUACUCCUACUCACUCCUUUGGUCAUCGUGGGGACAAUAAACUAUACAGACUACAAACUCCACAGACACCAUUGGUUCGUACUAAAUUCUACGACGAAUGUGAUCUUGAUAACUAUCCACUAGGAACUAAUGCCAUUGUUGCUGUCAUUGCAUAUACUGGGUAUGAUAUGGAGGAUGCCAUUGUUAUCAACAGAGCAUCUCUUGAAAGAGGGUUCACUCACGCUACAGUGUACAAGAAUGAGUUUAUUGAUUUAAGUAAGAAAGCGAAUGAUCGGAAUACAAUGUAUCAGUUUGGUACUCUACCCAGCAAUAAGAUUGCCUAUGAGAGACUUGAUGAAGAUGGAUUACCUCAUGUUGGCUCGUUACUGGAAGAAGAUGAUCCACUUUACAGUUACAUUGAUUUGGCAUCUAAUCGUGUUCAUGUUGAACGAUACAAGUCAAGAGAACCAGCUUAUGUUGAAGAGGUUAAACUGUUAGGGAGUGAGAAAGGAGACAGACCAUUAGAGAGAGUUAGUAUCAAACUAAGAUUGAACCGUAAUCCUGCCAUUGGGGACAAGUUUGCUAGUCGUCAUGGUCAGAAAGGUGUCCUUAGCUGGCAGUGGCCUGUGGAGGACCUUCCAUUCUGUGAAUCUGGCAUGGUACCUGAUAUUAUCUUUAAUCCUCAUGGCUUCCCAUCACGUAUGACAGUUGGUAUGUGGGUCGAGAGUAUGGCUGGUAAAUCAGGUGCUCUUCACGGGAUCACUCAUGAUUCUACGUCUUUUAUUUUCGGUGACGAGAAACCUGCAGCUGAUUAUUUUGGUACCUUAUUGACAAAAGCUGGUUAUAAUUACUAUGGGAGUGAGAGGAUGUACAGUGGGAUUGAUGGGAGAGAGUUUGAGGUUGACAUAUUCUUUGGAGUUGUUUAUUACCAGAGACUAAGACACAUGGUGGCCGAUAAGUAUCAGGUUCGUACUACAGGCCCUAUUGAUACACUAACCCAUCAACCAAUUAAAGGAAGGAGCAAAGGUGGUGGCAUUAGAUUUGGAGAAAUGGAGAGAGAUUGCUUAAUAGCUCAUGGAGCUUCAUUCCUGUUGCAGGACAGAUUGCUUAACUGCUCUGAUAAAUCUCUUUCUCGUGUGUGUAGUGAUUGUGGCAGUAUAUUGUCUCCUAUUUGUCUCAAGAGAUCAGAGGAUCCUGCUCUUCCACAAGAGGAGAUGUGGGCAUGUAAAGUGUGCGAGGGAGGCGGACAUGUUGAAACAAUAUCGGUUCCUUAUGUCUUUAGGUAUUUUGUGGCUGAGCUGGCAGCCAUGAACAUUGGAAUUAAGAUUAAUAGGCGAGAGCUAAUGUCAAAAUAAUAAUGAUGAUUAUUAUUAUAAGCAAUUUUUUGCCAUAAACAGAAUUAAUAGUUAUGUGUGUUACUGUUUCUCAUCAGUUGUUGGUUUCUUCUCUUGAUUCAUAAAGUCUUGGGCCUGUAAUGUAA